AUGCCACCCAAAGCAAAGCCAUCAUCAUCAUCGGGGAAGUCCUCAGGAAAAUCUGGAGGAAAAGCAGAAGAUGAAAUUGAAAAUAAUAGAAAGGCAAUCCGAAAAUUCUUAAAAACCUACGAGAAAUCAUGUCAAGAUAAGAGCUUGGUGCCCUUACCUUCCGUUGCUCAAAAAUUGAAUCGGCUCGUAAAAUCGGAGGAAGGGCCAACCACUUUAAAUAUUCCCUUUUUGAUAACUGAAGAAUUGUCUUUGGAAGCUGUUCAGGCGUUAAUAGAAAGUCUGGAUAGCAGUAUUCAGGGAUAUGAAAAAGUUUCAUUUUGGCGGAAUAAUCUCUCGGAUAAGACAGUUCAGCUCAUUGGAAAGUGGCUACAACCUCAUCCACAACUUAAAGAAUUGGAAAUUAUCGACAAUAGAGUGGGACCGAAAGGAUGCCAAGCAAUAUCCAGAGCGUUGCAACACAACGAAACGCUGACGUAUUUAAAUUUGGAUCAUAAUGAACUGGGAGAUGAAGGUGCGUCUGCAUUGGCAGUGGGCCUGUCUUGGAGUCCUUCUCUCAUAAAAGUGUCACUUAAUUACUGUGGAAUAGAAGAGGAGGGAGCUGUUUCAUUAGCCAAUGAAGCCAUUGCCAAAUCUACCUCUCUCCAAAUUCUCGAAAUGCAAGGUAAUUCGAUUGGAGACAGAGGUUUUGAUGCCAUCGGUCAGGCACUGGCUCGUUCUCAAAAACUCCAAACCCUCAAUCUCUCUGGGUGCAAUGAAGGUCUUCCUCUCAAGACUGAUGUUGUGUCUCGAAUGUGCGACUCGAUCAAACAAAACCCAAAUAAUGCUCUUCAAAAUUUGGAUCUCAACUAUGUAACAGUGGAACCUGAAGCAGUGUUAAUGUUUGCUGAAUUGGCAAAACAGAAGGAAAAUAUAUUAAGGAUUCGUCUUUACGAACGUGUAGAUAAGAUAGCAUACAAGGAACUGACAACUCAGCUCGGAACCAAUCUAAAGAAUUUCAUUCAAAAGAACAAGCCCAAGAAAAAGAAGAAGGCGAAGAAGAAGGAUAAAUAG